GAUACAUUUUGGAUUGGUGUAGCUGUUGAGCUUGACGCUUGUGACUUGCGACUCUGCAAUCAGUUUAGUUUUUAGUUGCGAUUUUACCCUCGUUGCGAGUGAACGUGUAUGUUUUUGAAUGUCUUAUUGGUACGAAAAAAAGCCAAAGCCUUUUAAGUAAAUUAUAUCGUCGAUAUACUACAGUUUAAAGUAUCUCAGAGUCUAAACGAAAAAGUAUCUUUUAGACUUUAUCGCAGUAACUUCUGGUAUUGUGUUGUAUUGUGCGGGAGUUUAAGAAAAUAAAUUCAUCAAAUCAUCAUCGAUAACUUAUCUACUAAUUCGUCAGUGAGAGUGAAUGGUGUGAAGUUAUUCGUCCGUCAAAAAGAAAAAUUGAAAAAUAAAAGUGGGAGUUCAAAGUAGAAAAUAAAAGAUAAAUUAAGUUAAAUCUUGGGAUACAUUUAAAUUUCCAUCAACUUUUCUUCAUCUUUCUUUACUUUUUUGUGUGCUGUGCGCUGAAAGGUCCUUCAAGUUCUUGAACCACGAGGGAUAAAUCACAAGAAAAAAAAUAAGAACGCAUUUACGGGAAUACUGAUUUUGACGAAAAUUUAAAAUAAUUUACUUCACUAUCAUGGGCUCAUGUAGUCUAGCUCCCUGCGGAAAGCGCACAUUUUUCUAAAUUUCUUUGAUUAAAAAAAUUCAGAUAUCAAUAAAAUAUCGGUUCGUCAAAGAAACGAGUCAACAUUCAAAUUAAUACACAAGAGGAAAUUCAACUUUAAAUUUUAAACACCAAACAGAAAAUAAAACUAAAACUACAAAAUGGGUUUUUCAACAAAAGCAUUAACUUUAAUCACAUUGACAGUGUUAUUCACUGUUAUUCAAUCAAAAGAAAACAUUCGCAAUAAACGUCGUAUGUACGCGAUGUGCCCACCAAAAUUUCAACGAAUCGGUUCCGAAUGUUACGCAAUCUCAGAUCAACCAGCCAAUUGGCUUGAGGCUCAUUUUCAAUGCAAGGACAAAAACAGUAAGCUCGCAGAACCAAAUAAUAGAUCAGAUCGAAAGCUGAGAGCUUUCUUCCAAAAAAUGGAUCACGAUACUGAUGAAAUCUGGAUUGGUGCAACUUACGAUUGGCACAUAAAUGUCUGGCAAUGGAGUAUUAGUGGCAAGAAUUUAAGCUACGAUGCUUUUAGCCGACUGGAUCCCGAGAGCAGACAGAGUCUGGAAUAUACUUGUGCCGUGCUUAAUCCAUCCCUAAAAUACAGAUGGUCAGCACGUUCCUGCGUUGACAAGCAUCGUUACAUAUGCCAACAUAAAAUGCCAAAAGUUAGUGAAAAGAAUCGGUUUAAGGUCUACAGCCGCUGGAAUCAAACUUAUCCCAAUCAAUUGGCCAAUGAAGUGGAAAUGGUAGUUGUCGAUACGGAAACUAAAGAUGGUAAAAGAAUAACUCGAAGAUUGAAGCCAUUGGACAGCAGUGAGAACUACCCAAUGCCUCCUAGACGCUCAACCGAUCCAUCUAAGCAACGUCGCCGACCUCAUGCACCAGCACCACCACCACCAAAAGAAUCCAAUAAUGACAUCAAUGUGCAGUUCAUUCCCAAUUACUUCACCAACGAGAUCAAUGAAGGCGUGAAUUAUCGCAAACCUACUCCGGCUACAAUGUUCCCCAUCACAAUGGACUUUAUACCCGCUGAUAUGGCUAUAGACAAUAGCAAUGUACAAGCCGCCCAAGCUUACAUGGACACAACGACCAAGCGACCACGAAACCCUACGAACGCCCCAUCAAGCGAUAACGAAACGGUCACCCAGACGAAGCCAAGGACAAGACCUCAAGGUAAACGAGUUAAAACGAAGUUUGAUGAACUUAUCGAAGAGAAACGCAAGAUUGAGAGGAAUCAGAAACGCGCUGAACACCGUCGCCGCAAGCAAGAGCGCUUGAGGAGAAAGCAGGAGGAGGAAGAACGUAAGAAGCAAGAGGAGGAACGUAAGCAAGAGGAUGAACGAAAGAAACAGGAGGAGGAGCGAAGACAACAGGAAGAGGAACGCAAGAAGCAGGAACAAAUCGAAAUUACCAACUUGAAACAAAAACAAGCCGAAGAAGAGAAACUCAUUGAGGAACAGAAUAAGGCAGCUUUACUUGAACGCCAAAAACUCGAGGCCAAAUUGAAUAUGUCCAAAAAAGAACAAGAACGCCAGGAGCAAGAGGAGCAACUCUUGAAGGAACAACGUGAAGAAGAAGAGCAACGUAUUCAAAAAGAACGUCUCCACGAACAAACCCGUCUGCAAUUGGAGUACGAAGAGAGACUCAAGCAACAACAAACCGAGCGGGAGCGAAGACUUGAGGAAGAAAAACAAACAGCCGAAGAGAAUCGCCGUCGCGCCGAAGAGGAAGAACUCAAACGUCAAGAGGAACUCAAGCGUCUCCAAGAGGAGGACGAAAAACGUCUUGAACUUCAGCGAAUGGAAAUCGAACGAAAGAGACAAGAAAAAGAACUUGCUCGCCUGGAAGAAGAAAACCGCAAGCGCAUAGCUGCUCAAAAAGCUCGCGAAGAAGAAAUCCGACGUCGUGAAGAAGCCUUGAAAGCUGAAUUAGCCGAAGAAAAACGUCUCCAAGAAGAACUAAGACAGCAAGAGGAGAAGGAUCGUUUAAUUCACGAACAAGAGCUUCAAAGUGAUAUCGAAGAGAAGAAACGAAAAGAAGAAGCCGAAAAACAAGAACUAGAACGAAGGGAAGAACUCCGAAGAAAGAAGAUGGAGAAAUUCCAAGAAAAACUCGCUAAAGAGACAAAGAAGUUAGAACAAAUCGAAGAAGCAGCGAAAUUGGAAGAAGAAAAGAAGAAACAAAACAGAGAGAAGAUGCGAAAGUACGCCGAACGUAUUUCCCGACUAUCUCCAGAAAUGCAGGCAUUAUUCCUCAAAGCUCGAAAAGAUCGCAAGAGGAAUAAACAGAAUAAUGAAGCGUCCAUUCCAGAGCGAAAGUAAACUUACUAUACUAUUAUUAACAAGUCAUAAGCGAGUGUUAUUAUUUUAGUUAUUCGUUAAGAUUAAAAAACAAAAUUAUCAUUCUUAAUAAUAUAUAAAAUAUCUCUCUUUCUCUCUCUCGGUUUUGAAUGAGAACCAUUUUCAUUUAUGUACUCUUCUUCGUUUUGAUUGCCAAUAACCGUUAAGCUGCUGAAAUUGAUAUUUUUCGUUAUUCGUUCUUUCGUUCAGUUUUGUAUUGUUUUUCGUCAAAUCAUACAUAAAUCUUUUUGGAUUUACUUUUUCUUUCAUGCAUCAGUAAGUUAUUUUAUUAUAAUUAGAAUAAGAUGAAAAAACAGAAAACAAAUAAAACACGAGAAUCUAACUUAACAAAAAUUUAAAUUUAUUAAUUAAAAAUUAAAUAUUUUGUAUCGAUUAACAACUUCUCCAAUUGACAAAAAGGAAAGAUUUAGAAGAACAAAUUCAAAUUUCAAAUCAUUCAAAAGUUCCUGAAUCACAUUUACAGGUGGAAAAGAAAUGAUUUAUUUAUCCUCCAGUAUUUCGAAAAUUUAAAUUUAAUAAAAAACAAAAGUAAAAAAAUCUUCAUGUCAUGUCGUAGACUGUAAACAUCUGCCUUAGCUGUCAGGAUAACAUCAGAGUUCAUUCAGAAGUUCCUUGCUCAAUUAUUCCACCACCUUUUUGAUCCAUUUUUUAUUUUAUUUUUCUCUUAAUAAUGUUAUUUAUUUUUAUUUUUUGUUUA